AUGGACUGGCUGUUGGACCGGGUGUUGGACUGGCUGUUGGACUGGAUGUUGGGUCAGAUUGUGGAAAACAGCAGUUUAGGUGCCUUUGUUGUUGAGGAAAGCUUUAGUGACCUCAAAUUUGCGGAUGAUGCUAUCCCUCAGGUGAGCUACGCUUCAACAGCGCCAGAGCUGAGUGACAACAACCGCUAUGACUUCUUCUCGCGGGUUGUUCCUCCAGACUCGUACCAGGCUCAGACCAUGCUGGACAUCGUCAAAGCUCUGGGCUGGAACUACGUCUCCACGCUGGCGUCUGAGGGAAACUACGGUGAGAGCGGCGUGGACGCCUUCAUCCAGAUCUCCAGAGAGGCUGGUAGCACUGCAUUGUCUCGGGUAAAUGUGUCUUUUUUUCUUUCUUCGGUCUCAGGUGGGGUUUGUAUUGCUCAGUCGGUGAAGAUUCCCCGCGAGCCGACAGAUGGCGAGUUUGACAAGAUUGUCAAACGUCUGAUGGAGACGAGCAAUGCUCGAGGAGUGAUUAUCUUUGCUAAUGAGGACGACAUCAGGCAGGUCCUGGAAGCAGCGAAGCGAGCCAACCUAACGGGUCACUUCCUGUUUGUGGGGUCAGACAGCUGGGGAGCCAAAAGUUCACCGGUAACAGAGCUGGAAGAUGUCGCAGAAGGCGCGGUCACCAUCCUUCCCAAACGAGCUUCCAUAGAUGGCUUUGAUCAGUACUUCAUGUCUCGCUCUCUGGAGAACAAUCGCCGGAACAUUUGGUUCGCUGAGUUCUGGGAGGACGACUUCAGGUGUAAGCUGACCAGACCGGGAAUCAAAUUGGACCCAGACAAGAAGAAAUGCACCGGAGAAGAGAGGAUUGGGCGGGACUCAUCCUAUGAGCAGGAGGGGAAGGUUCAGUUUGUGAUCGAUGCCGUUUACGCCGUCGCUCACGCGCUGCACAACAUGCACCAGGAUCUGUGCCGCGGCAGCUACGGUGUCUGCAGCAACAUGGACCCUGUGGAGGGCCGCUUGCUGCUCAACUACAUCAGAACCGUCACUUUCAACGGUGAGAAAACACACACUCAUCUUCAACUGUUUUUCGAGGACCAGGGACACACAGUAUGGAGGAAUAUGCGCCCGGUGUGUUUUUCAGUGGGCAUUGAGGAGGAAAACCAGCUGUCACGUCAGCUUACAGUCCUUUUAGCAAAUCAGAUCUAUAUUUCAUGA